AUGUCAGUUCUAGAGAGCGAGAUGAACGAUGUUCCUAUUGAUGAGGAACCCGAUGAUGAAAAUCUAGAAGACCAAACCGCACGAAAUGAUUUCAACAUCGAGCAAGCAGUAAUCGAAUUCAUUGAUGAGCCGUGUAUUCGUCACGAUGUCAUUCCCGACAUCAAAGCAAGAGAGAAGCCACUGGUGCCUAUGUUAGAAAUGAUUGCUCGACUUGCAAUGGUACGUAUUGCCAAAAGAAGUGUUAAAUCUCAUGAUCACAAGGGUUUAUGUACACCAUAUGUGGAAGCAUAUCUUGCAAAAGAGCUUGAAGAUGCUGCAGAAGUUAAGGUUCACAGAAGUACAAAUAAAAUGUUUUUAGCUAUGUUGUCUGGUUGUUCUUACCGUGUGAGUUUGAAUCAGAGGACUUGUAGCUGUAGGAAAUGGGAGAUCACAGGAAUCCCAUGUGUACAUGCAUAUGGUGUUAUCCUUAAGUUGAAACUUAAAGCCGAGGAUUACGUCUGCCACUGGUUUCGUACAGCCCAGUGGAAGAGGAACUACACAGAGGGUCUAGUUCCAUUAAGAGGUGCAAGGUUUUGGCCUGUUAGAACAGCUCCUCCAGUGCAUCCACCUCCUGAGCCUCCACAGCCUGGCAGGAAAAAAAAGAGUAAGAAGGUGAAAAGAAAGAAAGGAAAAAAUGAGUCUCCUUUAAAGAAGCAACCAAAGCUUCUGAAACGAGUUAUGCAUUGUGGGGUAUGUGGUGCGGCUAAUCACAACUCUAGGUUUCAUAAGAAGAAGAAAGAGGUUCCUCAAGGUGAACCUUCUCAAGGAACUGUCACGCAGGAAAUGAGCUUGAACUGAGCUUGGAGGGAGGGUAGAAGAAGCUUUUGGUCUAUUUUUUUGUAAAAGCUUUUGGU